CAUCAAUGUUACACUCCUUUCAGUACUCGAUCCAACUUGACAACAGAACAGAACAGGACCUUUUUUUCAACCUCUCACGUGAACAAUGUUCUUCCCCCUGAUGUGUGUGGCACUGCUGGGCUGCUGUCUCACCAUUUCGACAGCAAGCAUUUCUUACCCAAAAACUCUGCCAUGUGAUGUUAGGGAGGCCACCGACGGCAGUGGGGUGACAGUGGACUGCACUGAGCGAAACCUUAAAGAUAUCCCCUUUGGCAUCCCCAGAGACACUACCAAUCUGACACUCACCAUCAACCACAUUCCUAAUUUAAACUCCACCUCCUUUCACGGUCUGGAGAACCUGACUGAGAUUGACAUGAGGUGCAACUGUGUGCCCAUCAAAAUCGGCCCCAAGGACCGCAUGUGCACUGCGAGCGUAACAAUAGAGGAAAAUACCUUUACCAGGCUGAGGAAUCUACGAGCGCUGUAUCUAGAUGGCAAUCAGCUCUACAGUAUACCAAAAGGCCUGCCUUCAAGCCUGAUCCUGCUGAGUUUGGAAGUGAAUCACAUUUAUUAUAUUUCUAAAGCAAACCUGUCUGGGAUCAGAAAUGUAGAGAUGCUUUACCUCAGUCAAAACUGCUACUACCGUAACCCAUGUAAUGUUUCCUAUGAUAUAGAGGAUGGUGCAUUUUUACAGCUUAACAAUUUAACAUUGUUAUGUCUUAAGUCAAAUAACUUAUCCUUUAUUCCACAACAAUUACCCACAAGCCUGAAGGAGUUGUAUCUCUACAACAAUAACAUUCAAGAAGUCACCGAUGAGGAUUUCAAAAACCUAACUAACCUUGAGAUUCUAGAUAUUAGCGGAAACUGUCCUCGAUGUUACAAUGCUCCUUUCCCAUGCAACCCGUGCCCAAAUAACUCACCUCUUAAAAUUAGCAAGACUGCUUUUAAAAUGUUGACAAAACUAAAGACGCUUCGUAUGCACAGUAACUCUCUAACAUGUGUGCCAGCUGAGUGGUUUGCUAGCACGACAGAGCUGAGAGUGCUUGACCUCUCAUCAAACUUUUUAGCAAGAGAGAUAGGAGUCACCACCUUCCCACAGUUUCUGGGAAAACUGGAAGAACUGGACCUUUCAUUUAACUAUGAGCUUCAGAGGUACCCUCAAACACUGAGACUGAGCUGCAGUUUCUCCUCCCUCAAAUCCCUUAGGAUUCUCAGACUAAAGGGCUUUGUGUUUCAGCAGCUAAUUCCAGAGAGCAUUGCUCCUUUAAAACCCCUCACAAACUUGGAGGUUUUAGAUCUGGGUACGAACUUCAUUAAAAUGACAAACCUCAGUAUUCUGAUGGAAUUAAAAAGCUUUAAAAUAAUCAGUCUGUCUGACAACAAAAUAUCUUCCCCGUCUGACGGCCAAGAUGCUGUUGGUUUUUCUGGGGGAGAGCCGUUGUACUGGUCUCCCAUGUCGGGUGCUGCUGAGUACCAAAGUAAGCAAGUGAGAGAGAUUCAUUACUUCAGAUAUGAUGAAUAUGCACGCAGCUGCAAAUACAAAGAUAAAGAACUUGGAGUUGUUACAUCCUUUGUCAAAAACCAAUGCAGUGCGUUUGGCAAAACCCUGGAUGUGAGCAGAAACAACAUUUUCUUUUUGCAUUCAAGAUUUUUAAAUCUUGAAGAGCUAAGGUGCCUCAAUCUGUCUGGGAAUGCAAUGAGCCAAAGUCUGAAUGGCUCUGAAUUUACCUAUCUGACUAAUUUACAAUAUCUGGACUUCUCCUCAAAUCGCCUGGACUUGCUCUACUCCACUGCAUUUCAAGAGCUUAAAAAUCUGGUCAUCUUAGAUAUAAGUAACAACAACCAUUAUUUUGAGUCCGAGGGUUUGACUCACAUGUUGAAUUUCACUAGAAAUCUGAAAAAUCUCAAGAUAUUGCUGAUGAAUCACAACAAGAUCUCUACUUCCACUAACAGAGAGCUGGAGAGUCAAUCUCUAGACAGGUUAGAGUUCAGAGAUAACCGGUUAGAUAUGUUGUGGAGAGAUGGGGAUCUCAGAUAUGUCAAUUAUUUCAAGAAAUUAGUUAAUCUGACUGUCCUCGACAUCUCUGAAAACAACCUCAAUUUCAUUCCAAAGGAAGUGUUCAGCGGUCUACCAGACAAACUGUCUGAGCUCCAUAUCAAACACAACAAACUAACAAGCUUUGAUUGGGAGAAAUUACAACUUCUACAUUCUUUGAAAGUCUUAGAUCUCAGUGGAAACAGCUUAACUCAUGUUCCACCCGUGCUGUCAAACUGCACCGAAUCUCUCAGAAAGCUCAUUUUACGUAAGAACCAAAUCCUAAAACUCACGCCAGAUUUCCUCAAGGAUGCCUACAUUUUAAAACAUCUGGAUCUCAGUUUUAACCACUUACAGCACAUCGACGCAUCUAGCUUUCCAGACGAUGUUGUUGAUAAGAUGGACAUGCUGCUUUUGCACAAAAACAGAUUCCUCUGCUCUUGCAACGCCACAUGGUUUAUCACAUGGCUCAACAGGACCAGAGUGACCAUCCCCAGGCUGGCCACAGAUGUCACCUGUGCUUCUCCGGGGGCACAAAGAGGUCAUCCUGUGAUCUCAGUGGACUUGCUGGCCUGCCAGCACAGCUACCUGUCAAUCAUCCUUUACACCCUCAUGACCUCCCUCGUCCUCAGCUUCCUCACCCUGUCCAUCUCCAGCCAUCUUUUCCUGUGGGACGUCUGGUACAUCUAUCACUUCUGCAGGGCCAAGUUCAAAGGCUAUGACCGCCUGUACUCCCAAAGUUCUGUCUAUGAUGCCUUUGUGAUAUAUGACAAGGAGGAUCCUGAGGUGUCAGAGUGGGUGAUGAAGGAAAUGUGCGCUCAUCUGGAGGACCGCGGAGACCGCCGCCUGACACUGUGUCUGGAGGAACGGGACUGGAUCCCUGGAUGUCCCCUGAUCGACAACCUCUCGCAGAGCAUCCAUAAGAGCAAGAGGACAGUGUUUAUUCUCACUGGCAAAUAUAUUAAAAGUGGCAACUUCAAGACAGCUUUCUACAUGGCCAACCAAAGGCUAAUGGAUGAAAAAAAUGACGUUAUUGUGCUAAUCUUCCUGAGAAAGUACCGCAAUUCAAAGUACCUGAAAUUAAGGAAGAGACUUUACAAGCGGUCUGUGCUGGAGUGGCCAACAAACCCUCAAGCCCAACCGUACUUCUGGUUCAGCCUGAGAAGUGUAUUAGCAACGGAAAGUCACAAACAAUACAACAAUCUCUUCAAAGAGACAUUGUAAAUUGAACAUUAUGCUGUAAAACAUGGUUCCUCCAUAAAUUUUAAUUGCUCUGAAUGUACUUCUGUUUAAUUUGAAUAUAAUGUGAACUCUCAUUUAAAUGUAAGAAAAA